AUGUCAUCAUCGUCUCAAUCGAUUCUCUCUACCAUUAUCCACCACCCUUCAUCCCACCUAACCGUCACAGCUCUUGCGGCCUCUCUGCUGACUGCUGGAUCAAUUUAUGUUUACCAAAGGUCACAACGUAGUUCUCGUACACGCGCAUUAAAGGAAGAGCUUUCCUCUCUCCCACCUGCCGUCGCAUCCACCCACUCAAUUACCGGACAUCCCAUCCUCCCUGUAAGAUAUGAUGAAUCCUUAAUCAAAGAACAACUCGCGCGCAACAUUGUCUUCAUAGGAGAGGAAGGUAUCGAUAAGCUACGUAAAUCAUUCGUGAUCAUAGUUGGCGCCGGAGGUGUUGGAUCAUGGGCAGCGAUAAUGUUGUUGAGGUCGGGUUUGGAGAAGAUCAGGCUGAUUGAUUUCGAUCAAGUGACUUUGAGCAGUUUAAAUAGACAUUCGGUUGCUACGCAUGCUGAUGUUGGGACUCCAAAAGUUGUUUGUCUGCAAAAGCAUGCAAAAGCUAUUGUACCGUGGGCUAACGUUGAGGCCAUGGUUGAUUGUUUCGAUGAAACAAAUGCUGAACGAUUGUUAAGCGGAAAUCCGGAUUUUAUCGUGGACGCUAUUGACAACAUUGACACUAAGCUGCAUCUGUUAAAAUAUUGCUACGAUAAAAAGCUUCCGAUCGUGAGUUCUAUGGGUGCAGGAGCAAAAGCAGAUCCGUCGCGCAUUCAAAUAAGUGAUAUCAGUGAGACAAAAGAGGAUCCCCUUGCGAGGGCUGUUCGCCGAAGACUUCAUAAACUUGGCAUAGGAUCGGGGAUCAAUGUUGUUUACUCCACUGAGAAACCAAACAUCAAGUUGCUCCCACUCGACGAGACACGCAUUGAGACAGCAGAUGAAUAUGCUACAUUACCUGAUUUCAGAUCAAGGAUACUUCCUGUAUUAGGAACAAUUCCUGCAAUAUUCGGCAUGACCAUUGCAACGCAUAUUAUAACAAGUAUUUCAGGAUAUGAAAUUGAACCGCUGCUCCAUAAACAUCGUGACGCACUUUAUGCGCGGUUACAUCGUGAAUUGAUAGUUAGGGAAAAGAAGUUGUUCGGGAACGACACAAUACCACUAUACCAACGCGAUGUAAGCUAUAUAUUUGAAGAAAUAUGGCGUGGCCGCAGUGCUAUCUCUUCUGCUAUAGACAAACUAACCCUCAUAAGAUGGGAUCGUAAUCAACCGUUGUCUCCUCAAAAUUGCGUCGUGAUGACUAAAAAGGAAGCAGCCGCACAUGAAAAGAUUAGUGCGUCACCUGAGGAGGUGUAUGAUAAGAGCGUAGUCGAUUUGGUCAAGAAGAGGUUCCGAGAGGAAGAGAGGGUUUCUGCUUUUCGGUAG